AGGAAAGAUGGUGGGAGAGACGCAGGAGCGGAAGAGGUCUCCGGAUCGAGCCCCGUCCAAGGAGCGGGAGAAGAAGCGCUCACGUUCCCGGGACCGUGACAGGAAACGGUCGACCUCCAAGGAGCGCAAACGGCACCGGUCACGGGAGAGGAAGCGUUCUCGCUCCAAGAGCGGCGAGCGGGAGGCGGACCGGGAGCGACACCAUGGCAAGGACAAGGAGCGGGACCGGGACCGGUCCAAGAAGGAAAGAGAACGGGAUGGACACCGUAAGGCCAGGAAGCGGUCAAGGAGCCCCUCACCUGGAAGGCUAAAGGAUGGGAAGGUGAAGAUCAAGAAGGAGGAGGAAGAGGAGGAGGAAGAUCUGAAGAAGAACAAGGCACAGCCACUGUCUCUCGAAGAGCUGCUGGCAAAGAAGAAGGCAGCAGAAGUGGCGGAGUCCAAGCCCAAGUUCCUCUCCAAGGCAGAGCGAGAGGCGGAGGCCAUGAGAAGACGGCAGCAGGAGGUGGAGGAGCGGCGGAGGGCCCAGGAGGAUGAGAGGAAGCAGAGGAAGCUGUUCCAGGAGCUGGGCAGGAAGAUGCUGGAGGACCCCCAGGAGCGUGAGAGACGGGAGCGUCGUGAGAGGAUGGAGCGGGAGAACCAGGGCAAUGAUGAGGAAGGUGGGCGCCUGAAGAUGCGUGAAGAGAAGGACAAGACCAAGGAACUGCAAGCCAUCAAGGAGCGAUACUUGGGAGGUGUAAAGAAAAGGAGGAGGACGCGUCACCUCAACGACAGGAAGUUCGUCUUUGAGUGGGAUGCUUCAGAGGACACAUCCCUGGAUUACAACCCACUCUACAAGGAACGGCACCAUGUCCAACUCCUGGGGAGGGGUUUCAUUGCUGGCAUCGACCUGAAGCAGCAGAAGAGGGAGCAGUCGCGUUUCUAUGGUGACCUGAUGGAGAAGAGGCGCACCCUGGAGGAGAAGGAGCAGGAGGAGGCCAGGCUGCGGAAGGUGCGGAAGAAAGAGGCAAAGCAGAGGUGGGACGACCGACACUGGUCCCAGAAGAAGCUGGACGAGAUGACAGAGCGGGACUGGAGAAUCUUCCGGGAGGACUACAGCAUCACCACCAAGGGCGGCCGCAUUCCUAACCCUAUUCGCUCCUGGAAGGAUUCCAGUCUGCCGCUGCACAUCCAGGAGGUCAUCGACAAGUGCGGAUACAAGGUGCGGUGUGGGAGAGUGCUGUGUCGGCCAGCCCGGUGACAAAUUGUCAGCACG